UUGUCAAUCAAGCAUUUUAGUAAGAUCUGUGGUAUGUUACAGUAGUGUACGUGACGUCUGGAAAUAAUGAGAUUUAAAGCGUACGCUUUCAUAUUCGUUUGCGUGAUCCUCGUACUCGAUGGGAUCGAAGCAACAAAGUUUAGUCUCGGUACCGGAUCAUCGCGCGGAUCAUCGCGCGGAGGGUCGUACGGAUCGUCGCGCGGAUCAUCGCGCGGAGGGUCGUACGCAUCGUCGCGCGGAUCAUCACACGGGCUCUCCCAUGGAACAUCGUUUGGUAGGACUCCACAAAGAACAUCGCAUAGCGGAAGAACGCAUGUGAGUCCUACCAGUGGAUCACGUGCAACUCCUCAUGGAGGAACAUCGCCUACAACUACAGGAUCACAGAAUACAGCUCAUCAUGUUAAUACUCAAUUUUUACAUGGAGAAGGCGGAGGUGCUACGAGGCCAGCUCAAACGAUGCCUUCUCAACCACCCUACCCUACGAAUUUACAUCCUGUUAUGCCUGGACACGUCCCUCCAGUCGGCAAACCAGUUGUGACCGAGAGCAGACAGACUUCACCGCUUCAUCCAUCUGCACCGUCUCAAGAUCAUAUUAUGAAAUCUACUGCAGGGGUAACUCAAAAUCAAGGUCAUUCAUCAACAGGACCAGCAAAUCCUCCUUGGAGCAAUCCUUACUUGAAUAAUAACAAACCAGCUGCACCAGUCGAUACACAUCCUGCAUGGAAGCCUAAUCCAGUUCCUAAUCAGGGAACUCCUUCGGUACCUUCCGGUUCUCCAUGGAAUAAUCCUCGGCCAGGAGAUAAUAAGCCGUUCAUGCCGAAUUCCCAACCAAGUGUACCGGGUUCUCAACCGCCGCCUGUUGGAUUCAGAGAUCAUGUCUAUCCACAAACGCACCCAACCUCUGCUGGGACCCAAUUCAGUCCACCAAGAAGUGGAAAUCCUCCGUAUCCUAUACACCCCAUGCCUAUGCCAACAAGUCCCCAUUUAAGUUCUUCGGCUAGUGGUCAUCCUCCAUAUCCGACUCAUCCAAUGCCUUCAGGUAGUCCUUGGUCAAAUCCGUCGAUGUCUCCUCCAUUGCAUCAGACGAACUCGAUGCCUCUAGGCAAUCCUUAUUCCAUGCAUCCUCAUGCUGGUGCUUACGGUGCUCCUGCAGGUGUUCCAAACGGACCAAUGCAUUAUGGACAGACUUACCAUCCACAGCAAAUGGCACAACCCGCGGUGCAACCGUUCAUACCCGGGCAGACAAUUUUGAUGGUACCCGGGCAGCAAAGUUCCGGUCCAGGUUUUGGCCAAUUGGUUAAAGAAGCGCUUGUCUUCUCAACCAUCAACGCGGGAGUAAACAGGCUGAUAAAUCCUCACACUCGUUACGUUGAAACCAGACCCGCUGAAACUGCUCCCUCGACGACGACUCAUAUUACUUACAACAAUCAUUACAUUAACACCGCACCUGGCGCAGAUGGCAAUACGAAUCCCACAAGUGUUCCACAAGGAAAUGCUGGAUCAAUUGCUCCGUAUAUACCGCCUGCUAGCAGUAAUCCAACCGGAGGAUUUACUCCAAAUGUGGGAAAUAGCAAUGUUCCUUCUGGAAAUACGAAUUCAUAUAUCCCAAGCAUUCCUGCCAGUGUAGUGUCAAAUACAUCUCCAGCUGUUAGUGGAACCACAACAACUGGAUCCCAAAAUUUAAAUAAUAAUCCAACGAAUUCUGCUGUUCCUCAAAGUAAUCUCUCUGACAGCACCGUUCAUCCCGAGGUGUAUGUACCUACCUAUAGAAUUUCCGACGACGAACUUUAUAAAAUAACGGAAGAAUUGUUCGCGAAAAAUCCGCACAAUCUGUCUAAGUACAUCAAACUGAAUCUACAGGCCAAGGCUGCGUCUACAAACAUAACGGAUCAAGCUAAAGAACCAUUGUUCGAGGUGGACCCAGAACUGUUCGAGUAUCCGACGAUUUAUGUAACGCGGUCUCUUUAUGACACUUAUGAGCACGACUUCCGGAAGAAAUUGAAUCGUACACUCGAGACAAGAAAACAGGAGAAUCUGUUGAUUGAUACCGUCCUGGAGACAAGUGAGAUGUCAUCGGCUAUGCGAUGGCUAGCCGAUAAAGGAUUUAUAGACCCGGAUGAUUUUGAAAAGAAGGACGUACUUCGUCGAAUUUGGUUCACUAUAUUUAGCGGAAGCACCUGCGGAUUCGAACGCGUGUUCGCGGCUGAGAAUUACGGCACGGCUGUAAUCGGUGUCCAAGAUUGGAUUUACUUCGCGAGUCAGGAGUCUUUGAAACGAAUGAAUUACAUGGGAUACGUGGACAAACUGGACUUGGGCAAUACCGCCUCGCUACUGAAAUUGAACUUCGAAAUGGAUGGAAUCGUUCGACCGAACGCAACGAUAUUCAUCGGCACGCUUCCUGAGCUGGAAAUGUCCUUGUAUACUAUCUGCUUCCACGCAAGGCCGAACAACGUUUGCCCGGUUUCUCUUGGUGGUACCAAAUUCACCAUUUACACGCAUUCGUUUACUUACUUCGGGAAAGAAGUUAUAGACCUCGGGCUUCCAAUGUUCUAACAUAUUUCAAAUGAUUUGUAGUAAUUUCUCUUAGAACUUUAUAUUAUGUAUCAUAUUGUUAUAUAUCGGGUUGAAUACAGUUAUUAUGUUAUAAUCAUGUAAUGGUAUAUCUUCUUAAAAUAAUUGAUGGAUUAAACGA